CAAUCUUUUCCAAUGUCUUGGUCCUUGUUGAGGAGAUUCCUCGAUAGCGAUGUCUUCAACGAGGACCCCUUUCUCUCUGUAGCCUACCUCUCACGUUAUGCGGAACAUGUGGGAAUCACCUACGUUCUCUGCUCAAAGUUGCGACACUUCAGCUAUGAAGAGAUUGAGUUCUUUCUGCCGCAGUUAUGUCAUCUCAUCGUGAGCGUCAACAAUGAGUCCAUGGCUCUGGAGGAAUUUAUACUGGAUCUGUGCGAGGAGUCUGUGAAUGCGGCGCUGCUUACAUUCUGGUUAUUCCAAACCUAUCUACACGACCUCGCCGGAAAUCCACAAUCAGAUUCUUUCAAGACCUGUAGGAGGAUAUAUAAUAAAGUGCAGCAUAUUGUUUUUGGAGUGUCGGAGCUUGCAAGGACCGAGAAGAUCAAGGAGAAUGUGCUCCCAGUUACGGUGCUUGCGAGCUUGGUUAUGGCGAGCGCUGCUGUGCCAUUCCUUCCACGAUGGGCCGGUCCCCUAGCCAUUGCCCAGGCGCGCAGACCUCAGUCAAGUGGAGAUGUCAUAUCGGACCCGAGCCAGGUGGGAAGGAUUGUUCGCAGCCACACAGUGACGCCGGGGUCGACAAGGACGAAGAAGUCAAAGGAGGGUUCACGGAUAACGAGCGCUCCCAAUACUUCCUCGCCUUUUGAUCGCCGUCCAACGUUGACUAGACCCUCGUCCCAUGAUGGACUACAAUCUCCCACUCCAAGUCGAAGGAGCGCAUUAGAAGCUCGACGGCCACCACAUCUCAACCUGCAAGAAGCUGAUCCUCAACUCAGUUCCUCCUCUCUUCCACUCCUUGAUUCGCGCUCCCCAAGAGUGGUACCAAGACCAUCUCCCCCUGCUACUGCUGGGCUUAUACGUCGAGCCACCGAAUUUCCAAGCAGAAGGCGUGUCCAGCCAUCGCCGAGACCAUUAACUCCAUCUGUGUUAAGCGAUUCUCAAAAGAUCAAAUUGCUACGGCAAAACUAUUUCCGCUGCGAAACACAAUUCAUAAACGCUCUGGAGGAUAUAUCGAAUCGUCUGGUAAUUGUUCCUAAACAAGCGCGUCUUAGUGCGUUGCGCGCCGAGCUUGCUCUUAUUGCCCAGGACUUGCCGGCUGAAGUCGAUAUACCCGUUAUUUGUCCUGCAACAUUGGUGGACGGGGCACCAGGUAAAAGUCGACACCACCGAAUCGUGCGCUUAAACCCUGCUGAGGCAACGGUCUUGAACAGCGCGGAGAAAGUCCCAUACCUGCUGAUGGUGGAAGUACUAAGAGAUGAUUUUUCCUUCGAACCAGAUACCCCGGAUAAUGAGAGAUUACUGCGCAAGCUCCUUUCCGAGCAAGGAACAGGCCGCAGGCGCAUUUUUGAUCUUUCGGAAUCUCCACGUAUACCACAUGAAAACGAGGUUAAGGUCACUGAAACUCCGCCUGAUAGCGUUUUUGAGCCUGUAUCUGGGGACCUGGGAAGUUCUCCACUAAUCAAGUCUUUUUCCGAUGGCCCUCUGUCGAAGGAAACCGCUUCAAUGCCUCAUCUGCCUCGACUGUCGAGUGGUACCACAACGCUGUCCACUCUCUCUGGGCUCGCGACUCCUAGAACCUCUGGAGCAUCAACCUCGCGAUCAAACAGCCCGGGCCGGAAAAUGACUCUUCCCAAAUCUGGUAGACAUGGCGCAGCCGAUCAGCCAGAUUUCUCUGCGUUGGCCACUCACAUGCGGACUGCAUCACAAAUGCUGGCGCAGCUCGAGUCGACAAGCGGGAAGCGGCCUAAGAGUGAGGUCGCUGCAAUUCGAGCAAGGAUUAUUGCUAGCAUGCAAAGCUUAGAAGAACAGAGCUUUGAGUUAGAAGAUACCUCACAAGCCCCUGGUCCUACAUUUGAAAUGAUUAUGGCGAAUGCGAAUGCCGCUGCAGCGACUGUGGGACCCGACGAUAUUGGGGAAGAGACGGCCGAUUCUACGCUGAAUGCUGGUGCAGGAGCUGCUCGUAUGGAGAACGACCAGAAGACUGGUGGAGUACGAAGAAAAGGUGACAGAGACGACCCUAGCGCUGCAACUUUUGGAGAAGCUUGGCAUGACAAAAAGGAGCGGAUUCGAAAAACCUCCCCCUAUGGCUGGAUGAAGAACUGGGAUGUCCUCAGUGUUAUCGUCAAGACAGGGGCUGAUCUGAGGCAAGAGGCAUUUGCUUGCCAACUUAUUCAAGUUUGCGAUAAGAUCUGGAAGGACGCAAAGGUCCCUGUCUGGGUUAAGCGGAUGCGGAUCUUGGUCACUGGGGAAUCUUCUGGCCUCAUCGAAACUAUCACUAAUGGAGUCUCCCUACACUCCCUCAAACGGAGCUUGACGCUCGCUACAAUUGAAGCUGGCCAGAAUCCUCGAGGACGAAUUGCUACACUGAAAGAUCAUUUCGUCAAAACCUUUGGGCCAGUGGAUAGUGACGCCUACAAGGCGGCAGAAGAUGCUUUCAAGCGGUCUCUUGCUGCAUACAGUAUCAUCUCCUACAUUCUACAACUUAAAGACCGCCAUAAUGGCAAUGUUCUCAUUGACAAUGAGGGCCACAUCAUUCAUAUUGAUUUUGGAUUCAUGCUGUCCAAUUCCCCAGGCUCUGUUGGUUUUGAGGCUGCGCCUUUCAAAUUGACACAAGACUAUGUCGAUGUCCUCGGAGGGGUUGGAUCACCGGCAUUUGAAGACUACAAGAAAUUAUGCAAGCAGGCUUUCCAAGCUCUUCGGCGAUCUGCGGAUUACUUAAUUGACUUGGUCAGCAUAAUGGGGAAGGGUUCGAAUAUGCCUUGCUUCUCAUAUGGCGUGCAACAAGCAACCAAUAGCUUGCGGCAACGAUUUCAAUUACAGCUCAGUGCAGACGAUGCAGAGCAGUUUGUGGAGACAGAUUUGAUUGGCAAGUCCUUGGGAAGCUACUACACACGACUUUACGACACAUUCCAAUAUCGCACUCAGGGUAUAUAUUAGGUGGCUUUUCGUGAAAAGCGGGUGCAUCUUAAGCGGCGUUGGAUAUCUGGCAUCUAGACGGGUUAAUGACAGUCCGGGGGAAAUCCUCCUGUGAUCUAGUUUUUGUUGUGGGUGUAUAGUUCAUGCUCCUUGGCGCAUUGUUGUGUCUCCAGUAUACUGCAUGCUACUUACUUGCCUAGUAGCCGUUUUAGACGCUAUCAUAAGUAUGAUCAUACUCUACCACCCUAUCGUCU